CCCGUAUAUAUACACCUGGCUAAUACCGAAACAUGUCCAGUCGUGUGCGGUCUGUCACCGUUCCACAUUAAUUUCGUUGUCUUCGUUACCUCAGCAUCGCUACCAUCUCGAUGUCAGAGUGGGGGAAAAGGAAUCUGACACCUCGAAACAAUCAACAAGUACUAAAUCAUCCUGCACAUCACAGACAAAUCUAGAGUUUUGGAAUCAGAAGUCAUCAACCGUCCGGAUAAUCGCGGAUGGGAGUCCAUCAUUGUGAGAAAUCUUGAGAUCGUCCUAAAUAUUGGUGAUAAUUUCUGAUUAAAUUUAAAGAUAACACGUAUCGAUGACUUAUCAGAUAAUUCAUCGUCAAAACCAAAAUUUUCUUUACAACGGAGCCUUCCGUCGUCGCCGAGGAGAAAUCUCUCUGUUCCUCACCUCUCGCAGCGCGACCGUUUAUUUUUCAAAAUAUUUAAGUCCCAACGUGAGAUCCGCACCGACGUAGAUUUGCAACAUUAAUUCCAUUCAUAAAAACAGCUUUCCAUCAAUACCGGUGAAGACCAUCCGGUUAUUAUCUCUUUGCGCAAUUACGAGUCAGGCACAAUUGGCGCAGAUUUCGCCAGAGAUUUCGUAAAUCAUACCUGAAGAUAUAUCCGGCCUAUCGCUUUCUAAUUCGCCUAUAAAUUAUUAUUAUUAUUUCGAUUUAUAAUAUACAUACAGUCUUUAAAAAAGAAAAAACAGAUACGAGACCUUGGGCAGAACUGUUUCCAUUUAAACAGCGUGCCAAUAUUUUGCGCUCUACAAAAAGAAAGAAAUAGAAAAGAAACAGAAGGAGAAAGAAAUAAAGUAAAGGACUUUAGGUAGACAAGAAGUUCUGAAAACUAGAAGCUUAAGAACGUCGGUAUUUGCAUUUGCCGCGAAGGACAAUGUGAAUCGAGAAGAUCCGGUAUUCUUCAACGUCAUCAGGAAGAGAAAUAGACGUCCUUCAACGUGUUCAGGAUUUAUUAUUCCGCAAUAUAUAAAAAACCACCAUGGGUCGAAUACAGGAAGAAUCGUCCGGCAAUCCUAUGCAGGAAUUCAGCAGCACCUCGAAGAUAGCUCCGACCGUCAUCGGCGAAUAUAAGGAAAAAGAUGAACUAUAUGAUCCUUUCGAGCAUCGUGACAAACAUAAUGCGACCUCGGAUCUGGGCUCCGUGAUGCACCUCCUGAAAUCCUCUCUGGGGACAGGAAUUCUGGCUAUGCCACACGCGAUCAAGAACGGCGGCCUGCUAUUCGGUGGAAUCGGCACGAUCAUAAUCGGCUUCAUUUGUGCUCAUUGCGUGCACAUAUUAGUACGCACGUCCCACGUGCUUUGCCGGCGCACCAAGACGCCGCAGCUGACGUACGCCGAGACGGCGUACGCGGCCUUUUUCUGUGGGCCCAAGUUUGUCAGGCCUUGGGCGAACGUUAGCAAAAUAUUCGUAAACGUCGCACUGUGUGCGACGUACGUAGGCGGUACGUGUGUCUACAUCGUGUUUAUUGCAUCGUCCCUUAAGCAGGUCACGGACUUUCGCACCGGAAGAAACAUAAACAUACGCCUGUACAUCGUCUCGUUGAUACCGGCAUUGAUACUGCUCGGCCAAGUGCGCAAUCUGAAGUACCUGGUGCCGUUCUCGCUGCUAGCCAACAUCUUCAUGUUAAGCGGCUUCUCAAUCACGCUCUACUACGUCUUCAGUAGCAUACAGUGGAAUAAUAAUCCGAAUGUCAAACUGUUCGCCUCCGUCGAGCAACUGCCCCGCUUCUUCGCGACUGUGAUAUUUGCCAUCGAAGGUAUCGGCAUUGUGAUGCCUGUGGCGAACAACAUGCGACACCCGACCCACUUCCUGGGCUGUCCUAGCGUGCUCAACGUCACGAUGUCGAUAGUAGUAGCCCUGUACGCCGUGAUGGGAAUAUUCGGUUAUCUCGCCUACGGCGAGCACUCGCUGGCGAGCAUCACGCUGAAUCUACCCGUCGAGGACGAUCUGGCCCAAGCUGUCAAACUGCUCAUUGCCGCGGCCGUCCUCUUCACUUACGGCCUGCAAUACUUCGUGCCGCUCGAGAUCAUAUGGAAUGCCAUAAAGCACAUGUUCAGCCACAAGUACGAGGCCGUCGGCGAGACGUUUAUGAGAAUAGGCAUGGUUAUGUUAACAGUGAUAAUAGCAAUAGCAGUACCCGAAUUGGACCCGUUUAUCUCUCUAGUCGGUGCAAUAUUCUUCUCCAUCCUCGGCAUCAGUAUUCCAGCCGUUGUGGAGACGAUUUCGUGCUGGGAAGGACACUUAGGUGCUUUGAAGUGGCGCUUAUGGAAAAACAGUGCGCUGCUUAUAUUUUCGUUAUUAGCGUUAGUCUUCGGCACGUGGAUCUCAUUGUCAGAUAUAAUAAAAAUUUAUACUAAGUAAUAAAUAUUAAUAAAUAUUUUAUCAAAGCA